CUAUAAUUAGUUUCGUUCAUUUGUAUCACAAUAUCUUUAGAGAUAAUAUUUCAUUCGGCUUAUUGAAAUGGUCAUUUUCUUUCGAAUGGAUUAGUAAAAUUCCAUAAUCACCAUGAUAGAUGUAUACUUGAUAAAAUACGAACAUACCAACAAUGUCGAGCUGAAUUUUUAUAUAUUCGACAUUCAGGAAAGGAAGAAAACACACCGGCGAGUAUUUCCGUUUCCAUGUUAGAAACUGCAUGAAUAAAAACGUCAGAAGAUGACUGAAUUACACACAAGCCGUCGCAUCUAUACUAAAGAAAAACUUGACUCCUUGUUUGAAGUACAGGAAACACGAAAAGAAUCUCUUUUCACGACAUUGAGAAAGCAGUGCUACUGUUCAAAAAGAAGAACGUGGAAAUGUUUAACUUCUUUCUUUCCGAUUAUUAAGAUAGUGAAAUGCUACAAGAAAGAUUACAUAGUGGGAGAUUUAAUAGCUGGUUUGACAGUCAGUUUCAUGCAUUUACCACAAGGAUUAGCUUUCUCUGUUCUGGCUGGUUUACCGGCCGUGUUUGGGCUUUACACUACAUUCUUCCCCUUAUUAUUUUACACGAUAUUUGGAACCUCACCAUAUGUAGCAUUUGCAACAAAUGCAGUGAUUGCUUUAAUCGUACAAAAGAUUGUCUUGUCAGAAGUCGUUCUUUUCAAAUCAUCUCUACUGGAUUCAGGUACCAACACAACUGUCUUUAUAAACAUGUCUGAUACUAACAAUAACUCGUUAAACUUAGUUACAAAUGGUAUAAGUGAAUAUGAUAUCAUUGCUAACAAAGCUUCUACUGCUAUGGCGGCAUCCUUCCUGGUAGGGCUAAUACUAACGACCCUAGGGUUACUACGUCUCGGCUUUCUUUUGACAUACAUGUCAGAAAGUUUUAUAGGAGGGUUUACCACGGCUGCUGGUAUCCACAUUGUUUCCAGUCAGGUACCGAAGAUGUUUGGUAUAGAGGUGUCCGCACACACUGGGGCUGGAAAGCUUGUGAAAAUGUACAUAGAAUUAUUCUCGAACCUAGAAAAGACUGUUAUUUCCGACGUUGUUAUUACUGUGAUAUGUAUAACGGUGAUACUUGUAGUGAAAGUUUGUGUUAAUGAUAGAUUCAAAAACCGGAUGAAGAUUCCUAUUCCAAUCGAUCUGAUCGUAGUUGUAGUUUCUACUUUAAUAUCACAUUUGGCAAAGUUUGAGAAAAAUCUUGGUGUUUCUGUGAUCGGUGAUAUACCUUCCGGAUUCCGACCUCCAGCCAUCCCACCUCUAGAUAUAGCUCCAAGAAUUCUAGUCGAUUGUAUUAUCAUGGCUAUUCUUACUCUGAUGCUCACUAUAUCCUUGGCUAAAUUAACUGCAAAAACUCAUAAUCAACGCAUAAAUGACAAUCAGGAAAUGGUUGCAUACGGAUUAACUAAUAUUCUAUCAUCUUUCUUCUCCUGUUUCCCACAGUCAGCCACACCAAGCAGAACAAUGUUAGACAGUGAUUUAGGUGCUGAAACAACUCUGAAUUCUAUACCAACAAUUGUAUUCAUGUUUCUUGUUAUUUUAUGGAUGGGACAAUUAUUUCAGUCGUUACCAAUGUCAGUAUUAGCGGCAAUGAUAACUGUUGCUAUGAAAAACUUGAUUUUACAGUUUGGUGAUCUGCCAAAGAUAUGGCGAAUAAACAAAUUAGAUUUUGUUAUAUGGAUAAUUUCGUGCUUUGUCUCUGUGCUUGUAAAUCUGGACUAUGGUAUUAUCGCAGGGAUAGCAUUUUCUAUUACUUCCGUCGUCAUUCAGCAUCAAGUUUCAUCGGGUAUUCUGAUUGGUCAAGCAGGAAAUGAAAAUGUGUUUUUAGAUUGCGAGAAAAGGAAAAAUGUACGAGACCAUGAAAACAUUAAAAUAUUUCGGUUUCAGGCACCAUUAUAUUUUGCAAAUGCAGGGCAAUUUAAAACACAAAUAAACAGAAAAAUCAUAGAUCCAAUAAAAUUAAAAAACAGAUCCAAGAAAAAGACCAUUGCAUUGGAAAUGGUAAAUGGUCAAUCUACAGAAAACAGCAAAUUACCAAAAGAUAUUGGAAACAGUAUGGACUCAAAAAAGCUGGUCCAAAGUGCAAUACAUUAUAUCAUAAUAGAUUGCCAGAUGAUAUCACACAUUGAUCUCUCAGGAAUAAGCAUGCUUUCUCAAGUUAUUAAGGAGUAUAAAUCUGUUGAAAUUGAAAUAUUUUUAACAAACUGCUCAUCAGCGUUUCUCGAUACUUUGACCUCAGCUGGAGUUUUUGAGAAUUUCCCGUCAGAAUCUGUAUUCUAUGACAUUUCCGAUGCAUUACAUUUUAUUCAUAAAUCUGAAGAAUCUGAGAGAGCGGAAGCAUAGCCAAGUUUUCAUUUUCAUUCAUAGAAAUAUUGAAUCAAACAUUCCUACUUGGAGUCAUCCUCAAACUCGCCUGUGAGCAUCUUCUCUAAAAUGUUCCACUUUAAAGCACAAUGUGGUUCACGUGUGGGAAGAAAUUUCUUCGCAAUUUGUCUUUAUGAAAUAAUUUUAGUGUACAAAAAUGUUCGGACAUAAUUUGAUUGAAGUCCUAUUGUAUAUAAGACGCGGAAUUAUAUUUAGAAGACGCUAUCUGGCUAUUCGA